UCUGCAGCGUGUUCACUCUUGUGUUUACCAGAAUAUGACAGAUACCUAGCAUCUAGCAAAAUAAUGGCAGCUGCUUACCUUGACCCCAACUUGAAUCACACCCCUAACUCCAGUACUAGGACUCACCUGGGCACUGGUCUGGAACGCUCCCCUGGGGCCAUGGAGCGUGUGCUAAAGGUCUUUCACUAUUUCGAAAGCAAUAGUGAACCAGCCACGUGGGCCAGCAUCAUCAGACAUGGAGACGCGACUGAUGUCAGGGGCAUCAUUCAGAAGAUAGUGGACAGUCACAAAGUGAAGCACGUGGCAUGCUAUGGAUUCCGCCUCAGCCACCUGCAGUCGGAGGAGGCGCACUGGCUCCAUUUGGACAUGGGUGUUUCCAACGUGCGGGAGAAGUACGAACUGGCACAUCCCCCGGAGGAGUGGAAAUAUGAAUUGAGAAUUCGUUAUUUGCCAAAAGGAUUUCUAAACCAGUUUACUGAAGAUAAGCCAACCCUGAAUUUCUUCUAUCAACAGGUGAAGAGUGAUUAUAUGUUAGAGAUCGCUGACCAAGUGGACCAGGACAUUGCGCUGAAGUUGGGAUGUCUAGAAAUACGGCGAUCAUACUGGGAGAUGCGCGGCAACGCACUAGAAAAGAAGUCCAACUAUGAAGUAUUAGAAAAAGAUGUUGGUUUAAAGCGAUUUUUCCCUAAGAGUUUACUGGAUUCUGUCAAGGCCAAAACACUAAGGAAACUGAUCCAACAGACAUUUAGACAAUUUGCCAAUCUUAAUAGAGAAGAAAGUAUUCUGAAAUUCUUUGAGAUUCUCUCCCCUGUGUACAGAUGAAAAGAGUGCUUCAAAUGUGCCCUUGGUUCAAGCUGGAUCAUCUCGGUGGAGUUGGCGAUCGGCCCCGAAGAAGGCAUCAGUUACUUGACGGACAAGGGCUGCAACCCCACACAUCUGGCCGACUUUUACCAAGUGCAGACCAUCCAGUAUUCCCACAGUGAUGACAAGGACCGGAAAGGAAUGCUGCAGCUAAAGAUAGCGGGUGCUCCCGAGCCUCUGACAGUGACGGCCCCCUCCUUAACCAUUGCAGAGAAUAUGGCUGACCUGAUCGACGGUUACUGCCGCCUGGUGAACGGAGCCACGCAGUCUUUCAUCAUCAGACCCCAGAAAGAAGGUGAACGGGCCCUGCCAUCGAUACCAAAGCUUGCCAACAGCGAGAAGCAGGGCGUGCGGACCCAUGCUGUUUCCAUGUCCGAGACGGACGACUAUGCCGAGAUCAUAGACGAGGAGGACACCUACACCAUGCCCUCCACCAGGGACUAUGAGAUUCAAAGAGAAAGAAUAGAACUUGGACGCUGUAUUGGAGAAGGCCAGUUUGGAGAUGUGCAUCAGGGAGUGUAUAUGAGUCCAGAGAAUCCAGCUUUGGCAGUGGCCAUUAAAACAUGUAAGAACUGUACUUCGGACAGCGUGAGAGAGAAAUUCCUUCAGGAAGCAUUGACCAUGCGUCAGUUUGAGCACCCUCACAUUGUGAAGCUGAUUGGUGUCAUCACAGAGAACCCUGUCUGGAUCAUCAUGGAGCUGUGCACUCUUGGGGAGCUGAGGUCAUUUUUGCAAGUAAGGAAGUACAACUUGGAUCUGGCUUCUCUGAUCCUGUACGCCUACCAGCUCAGUACUGCUCUCGCGUAUCUAGAGAGCAAAAGAUUUGUACACAGGGACAUUGCUGCUCGGAAUGUUCUGGUAUCCUCAACUGAUUGUGUAAAAUUAGGAGACUUUGGAUUAUCCCGGUAUAUGGAAGACAGUACUUACUACAAAGCUUCCAAAGGAAAGCUGCCAAUCAAAUGGAUGGCUCCAGAGUCCAUCAACUUCCGACGUUUUACCUCAGCUAGCGACGUGUGGAUGUUUGGUGUGUGCAUGUGGGAGAUUCUGAUGCACGGGGUGAAGCCUUUUCAAGGCGUGAAGAACAACGAUGUGAUUGGUCGGAUUGAAAACGGGGAGCGAUUACCAAUGCCUCCAAAUUGUCCUCCCACCCUCUACAGCCUUAUGACGAAGUGCUGGGCCUAUGACCCCAGCAGGCGGCCCAGGUUUACUGAACUGAAAGCUCAGCUCAGCACAAUCCUGGAGGAAGAGAAGGUUCAGCAAGAAGAACGCAUGAGGAUGGAGUCAAGAAGACAGGUCACGGUGUCCUGGGACUCUGGAGGGUCCGACGAAGCACCUCCCAAGCCCAGCAGACCUGGCUACCCCAGUCCGAGGUCCAGCGAAGGGUUCUACCCCAGCCCCCAGCAUGUCAUGCUGAGUAACCAUUUCCAGGUCUCUGGCUACCCUGGCUCCCAUGGGAUCACAGCCAUGGCUGGCAGCAUCUACCCAGGCCAGAGCUCCCUGCUGGACCAGCCCGACUCGUGGAACCACAGACCUCAGGAGAUGUCCCUGUGGCAGCCCAGCGUGGAGGACUCUGCAGCCUUGGACAUGCGGGGGAUCGGGCAGGUGCUCCCAGCCCACUUGAUGGAAGAGCGGCUGAUCCGGCAGCAACAGGAAAUGGAAGAAGACCAGCGCUGGCUGGAGAAAGAGGAGCGAUUCCUGAAGCCGGAUGUGAGGCUCUCCCGGGGCAGCAUGGACAGGGAGGACGGAGGUCUCCAGGGCCCGACUGGGACCCAGCAGCACAUCUAUCAGCCUGUAGGGAAGCCCGAUCCUGCUGCUCCACCAAAGAAACCGCCACGCCCUGGAGCCCCUGGCCAUCUGGGCAGCCUGGCCAGCCUCAGCAGCCCGGGGGACAGCUACAACGAGGGUGUCAAGCUUCAACCCCAGGAGAUCAGCCCUCCGCCCACAGCCAACCUUGACCGUUCCAAUGACAAAGUGUACGAGAAUGUCACUGGCCUGGUGAAAGCUGUCAUCGAGAUGUCCAGUAAGAUCCAGCCGGCCCCACCCGAGGAGUAUGUGCCAAUGGUGAAGGAAGUCGGCUUGGCCCUGAGGACGCUCUUGGCCACCGUGGAUGAGACCAUACCCGUUCUGCCUGCCAGCACGCACCGAGAGAUCGAGAUGGCUCAGAAGCUGCUGAACUCGGACCUGGGGGGCCUCAUCACCAAGAUGAAGCUGGCCCAGCAGUAUGUCAUGACCAGCCUGCAGCAGGAGUACAAGAAGCAGAUGCUGACGGCCGCGCACGCUCUAGCCGUGGACGCCAAAAACCUGCUGGACGUCAUCGACCAAGCGAGACUCAAGAUGCUGGCACAGACGAGGCCGCACUGA